GUUGUUAUUGGAUUUCAGGAUGAUGCUGAUACGAACUUUGAAAAUUACGUUACCGUCCUUGGGAUGACGUCCGGAACUGUUAGUAUCAAAGAGCUGACUAUCCCACAGCUUCAAGAUCUUGUACGGCAAUUUGAGCAAAAAAUUCAGUUUAUAUCUGCUUCUAUACAACAACUCAAGUCUCUCCAGGCUCAGUUUGUUGCCUCCAAAAGUUGUCUGGGCGAGCUUACCACAGAAAAAGAAAAUAAAGAUAUUCUUGUCCCUUUAACUUCAACCUUGUGUGUUCCUGGGAAACUUUCUGAUCCUUCACAUGUGCUUGUAGAUAUUGGUACUGGUUACUAUGUUGAAAUGACCGUUCCAGAAGCUGAAAGUCACUUUUCCCGUCGAGUAGAAUAUAUCAAUAAACAAAUAAGGAAGAUUUUGCCUGUUCUGGAGGAGAAAACACAGGCACAUAAAUCUAUUUCAGACGUUCUGGAUGCUAAAAUUCAAGAGUUUAUCAAAGUCCGGUCAGCGGCGUGUUCUUGAAUAUUUGACGUAUGCUUUCAGGUUCCUUUUUUAAGGAUCCAUUCGCCUUACUGGUUUCUUGUAUUUACAAUGAACAUUCAUGCCUGGUUGUGUAUUCUGUUAUUGAAGACUCAGAAUGUGUUUUUUGGUCCGGGACAUUGUGUCUCCCAACAAUGUCAAUAUGUGAAAAACUAAAAAUCUUGUAAAUACAUGUUCUGGUGUUCUGCCUAAUAUGGUUUUUGUGCUAACUACCAAUAUGUUGGCUGAAGGAUUUUGAACGAUCUUAGUUUAAUCCCUGAGUAGAGUGUGUAUAAAUUGGAUACUGGUAAAGUUAAUUAUGUCCAUUAGAAGUGUUCUAAGUGAGUAUAUUGCGCAAAAUCAUGCGCCUAGGUGUCAUAUCUCUUGGAAGACUCCAUGUAUGAUUGCUCACUAGUUUCAGUUUUUACAAUGUUCACUUUAUGAAAACCUAAGAUCCUUUUUUUCUCAGUGUCUGGUACAUAUGUAAAUAUUAGUAAUCAGAAUUGAUAGUUCUAUGCAUGUCUUCAUACUUUUCUAACGAAAUACAAACCUAA